AUGAAGGGAGACCCCUCUAAAAGAGACACCAGUAAAUACUGUGCAUUCCACGGGGAGCACGGUCAUUACACCAACAACUGCAACGCUUGGAAAAGGCACUUUGAAGAGCUGAUCAGAGAGGGCCAUUGCACAGAGUUCGUUGCAAAGAAGGCUAUCCAGCAGAUCGAGGAUCGUGAUGCAGCUGCCAAGGAACCUCCCCAAAAGUUCAUUCGAAUCAACACCAUUCUAGCCGACUCCCAAGAGUCCGGGCUGACCACCAAGGAGCGCAAGAGAAAGAUCGCUCAGGCAACUUAUGUCUCUCAAGUCACAACGGGAGUACCAGCCAUUGUGGAUACACCCAUCAUCGGCUUCCAGAAGAAGGACUUGAUCGAGCUUGACCUGCCACAUAAUGACGCCCUAGUCAUCUGCAUCCAAAUUGAACAAGCUGUGAUCGAGCGAGUUCAUGUAGAUGAGGGCAGCGCAGCCAACAUCCUGCAACUAUCUGUUAUCCAACAGAUAAGGUUCGAGCCCAAGAUUAGCAAACUUGCCAAAUCGCUCACCGGCUUCAAUAGGGCCACAUCAAUCACUGUUGUAACGAUCGAGCUAGAUGUCCACUCAUCCCCAGUGGUCUGCUCGCAAACCUUCAUGGUCAUCGACAAGGUUUCCCCCUACAACAGAAUCUUGGGCCGAUCGUGGAUCAGCAAGAUCGAGGCCAUCACAUCUGCUCUACAUCAGAAGAUCCGCUAUCCCAUCCCUGGGGGCGGGAUCGGGCAGAUCAACAGUGACCAAGCUAUGGCAAGGAGAUGCAUAGCCCAAGGGUUCAAAAAGAGCAAGCAGCUGCAGUUCACACUAGUAAUGCAAGCUGCCAACAAGGCAGGAAGCGCUCUUAGUAGACAAGCAAACCCGAAAGGGAAGGAAGAUCGAGACGAGGGAAUCCGCCCGGAAGGCUCACUUGAAGAAGGUUGGAAGCCUGAGGAAGACGUUGAGUUAGUACCCCCCGAUCCUGAUCAGCCAGAGAAGGAAGCGCAGAUCGGCUCUUGCCAGAAUUCAAACAAGAAGGAUCGAGAUGAGGGAAUUCGCCAGGAAGGCUCCCUUGAAGAAGGUUGGAAGCCUGAGGAAGACGUUGAGUUAGUACCCCCCGAUCCUGAUCAGCCAGAUAAGGAAGCGCAGAUCGGCUCGCGCCAGAAUUCAAACAAGAAGGAUCGAGAUAAGGGAAUCUGCCCGGAAGGCUCUCUUGAAGAAGGUUGGGAGCCUGAGGAAGACGUUGAGUUAGUACCCCUCGAUCCUCACCAGUCAGACAAGAAAGCGCGGAUCGACUCGCGUCUAAGCCCAGACGAGAAGAUAGAGCUGACCAUCUUCCUCCAGAACAACAAAGACAUGUUCGCGUGGUCACUAUCUGACAUGCCCGGCAUCGACCCAAACAUCAUCUGCCAUCGGCUCCAUGUCAACCCUGCUAGCAAGCCCGUGGUGCAGAAGAGACGCAACUUUGCUCCUGCGCGGGUCGCGAUCAUUGAAGCCGUGAUCGACAAGCUCCUAGCUGCCGAUUUCAUUGAGGAGGGAAAAUGGAGAGUUUGUGUCGAUUACACCAACCUCAACAAAGCAUGCCCUAAAGACAACUUCCCAUUGCCGAGAAUCGACCAGCUCGUGGAUUCAACUUCCGGCAACCAGCUGCUCAGCUUCAUGGAUGAUUACUCAGGCUAUAAUCAAAUUAUGAUGUACGAUGAUGACAAGGCGAAUACCUCUUUCAUCAUCGAAAGAGGGACCUACUUCUACAAGGUCAUGCCUUUUGGGCUGAAGAACGCUGGAGCAACCUACCAAAGGCUCGUGAAUAAAAUUUUAAAGGAGCAGAUCGGCAGAACUAUGGAGGUGUACGUGGACGAUAUGCUGGUUAAAGCCCCCAAGCGGGCAGACCAUCUCAAAAACCUCACCGAGGGGUUCAGCCUGCUACGCCAAUAUCGCAUGAAGCUGAAUCCAAGUAAAUGCACGUUCGGUGUAUCAUUUGGCUGGUUCCUGGGGUACUUAGUGACGCAACGAGAUAUCGAGGCACACCCGUUCCAAAUCAAAGCCAUUCUCGAGAUGAAGUCGCCUUCCACAGUGAAAGAAAUACAAAGCCUGACGGGCAGAGCGGCGGCCCUUAACAGAUUCCUCUCAACAUCUACCGACAAGUGCUGA